AUGACUUCCACUGCGAGUCAACAGAAUCAAACCCCGUCGCCGACCACUUCUACUGCCACGUAUGCUUCCGCGGCCGGUGGCAAGCCGAAGACGACGACGCCGCUGAUCGCGACGGGAUCUUACGAGAUUCCGCUACAGGCUGCGGCCUCUCCUGCGAUUGUUGCUCAGAAUGGAAAGUCGCCUACCACAGCGCCGAUGAACGGCAGACCUAACAUCACGCCGGCACUUCCCGCCGGGGCCGUGCCUCCCAUUGUUCGCAGCCAGAUCCCCAACGGCGGACCCGGUGAGCAGCACGCCCGCAAGAGCUCUGUCACCAUUAGCGCGGCCAACGCUCCCAGCCAUAUCAACGGAGGGCCCGUGGGAGGUAACAAGACCAUUCCCAAGUUUGGCUUUGAGUCGCCCUCGGUUGCUCUUAGCUCGCCCACACCUGGUGUCGCUGGGCCUAUUCCCAUCCCCGGUGCGAGGGUUCCGUCUCCGGCAACCUCGCCAUCGCCCAUCCCGCAGCAGCAGAGCGGCGGUCAACGAGCCCCAUUAAAUCCCCAGGCGGCCGUUACAUUUGGAAGCUUCCCGGGCGAGAAUGACCGUCACAUGAAGCAACAUUCCAUCUCCCACAACCAGGGUGCAAUGGGCCAGAGCCCUCAUGCUCGACGAGACUCUCAGGCAUCCGCUCAUGGCGACGCUGGCCACGGAGGUCACGGUCGUGGUGGUUAUCAAGGCGGUCGUGGCGGUCGCGGCGGCCACAGCGGCCACGGUGGUCACGGCAACUUCAACCAAUACAACCAGCAGCCUACCAUGGGCUUCCCGCCCGCCCAGCCGUAUCCGCGCGGCAAUGGCGGUCGCGGUGGAAUGCCCUACCACCAGGGCCGAGGCGGCAUAGGCCAGUUUCCCAAUUCUCACUCUCCGCAGCCGCACCGAGCCAGUCCUGCCACAGCUCCGGCCAUGCCCCAUCACGGAGGAACGCCUACCAUGACCCCGGCUGCCCUAGCACCCGCCCAGCCAUACUACCAACCCAACAUGCCUAUUUAUGCUCACCACCAGCCACAAGUAAAUCCCCCCCUCAUUAGCAACGAACAUUCCUCUUUCAAGCCAUUCCGGAAGAACAAAGGGGCGCGUCGGGACUCGGAGAAAUCCCAUCCGCGGCCGCCCAGUUCUUCAGUCAAGCAGUCAAGCUCGGAUAUCACUCCUCGGCCGCGACACCACAGCAAGCGUUGGGACGCGGGACCGGAGGUCCAUAAAAAUACGAACGGCGGCCUGCCAGCGCCAGAGUAUUCAGAUGGAGCACAACAUCGCUACGACUUUGUUCCUUUGCGUUCUGUUCCUGUGCUCCCUCCCCAGUUUAUGGGACACAUUGACUUGUCACCAGAAACCGGGCAAUUUGAGGACCUGCUAACAGGAAAGCUACAGCAGAUGAAUCCCAACCCCUACAAUAUGAAUCAGUACGGCCAAGUCUUGAUGCCACAGGGCUAUCAGUAUACCCCGCAGCAGAUGCAGGCGAUGCAGCAAAUGCAGCAGAUGCCACCCUACAUGGGCCAGAUGAGCCAACCCCCACAAGGCUCCGCUCCAGCUUUCCACCCCGGUUCUUAUGCUCAGCCAUACGGCCAAGCGCAACCCGUCGCGGCUACCGCAAUGUCUCGCAACCCGUCGCAAGUUUCAGACCGUCCAGCCUCCAGCACUGGCCAGCCUCCGGCAUCUGUCGUCGCUCAAGGCACCGCACAGCAACGCCCUGCGCAGCAGGCUCCUGCUGUCGUCUCUUCUUCCACCUUCACACGGCCCAAAAAGGGAAAUAUCGUCAUCAGGGACCAGGCAGGCAACAUUCUCGACCUGAACGCGAUCAAGUCUCCGGCGUCGCCAGCUCCCAGCAUUCAGAACACCAGGACCCCCCCUGUCGUUGCUUCGACUCCCACGCCUCCACCUAAGCCUUCAACGCCAGCACACGGUCGGUCUGACAGCACCAAUGCUGCCAGUAACAAGUCGGCCGAGCAGCUCCGGAACGAGUUCAUGUCGGCUGUUCGUACUGCUGCUGUCGAAAGCCCAGGUGUCAGUAAGUCGAAGGACGACGAAGCUGCAGCUGAGAAGGCCAAACUGGACCAAGCUUCUGCAGCUGAGCAGGCUAAGGAGGCUGCCCGAGUUGAAGAGGAACAGCGUCUUGCUGCCGCGAAGGAGGCUGCCGAAAAGAAGGCUGCUGAAGAAGCAAAGGCUGCUGAAGAGGCCAAGGCGGCAGAGGCUGCCAAGGCUGCGGAGGACGCCAAGGCUGCAGAGGACGCCAAAGCAAGAAAGGAUGCCGAAGCCGAGGCGAAGGCUGCGGCCGACGCUAAGGCAAAGGCUGAGGCCGACGCUGCUGUAGAAGCUGCGAAGAAGCAGGAGGAGGAAAAGUCAUCCGCGGUCCCUACUGAGACAGAGGAUGAAUAUAUGGACCGCAUGGUCCGCGAGAUGGAGGAGGCAGAUGCUCUUCGUGAGAAGCAGCAAGCCGAGAUUUCUGCUAGGAAGGCGGCCGAGGCGGCAGCUGCCAAGAAGGCGGCUGAGGCUAACAAGGCCAUAACGGAUGCUGAGAACGACCGAAAGCUUCGCGAGCAGGAGCGAGAGAUGGAGAGACUCGAAGAAGAGCGUGAGCGAAAGCGAAAGGAGAACGAGUCGAAGGGUACCGCCGGCGAGUCCGUAGCCGACCUUCUGGCUAAGAAGAUCGAUAGCCUCAAGCUCUCCGACAUUAAGGACGCGACAGCAUCUUCGCCUUCGGAUAAGGCUGCUAGCCCUAGCGUUGCCGAUGCUGGCUCAGCUUCCGGAGCAAAGGCGGUCGCGGCUGAGAAGAGAAGCAAGCCUGUCCCUCUCAACCUAGCUCCGCUCAACACAAAGCCUGUCGAAGCACCCCAGCCGAGCGCCGCACUUCAGUCACUGAGGUCUUCGCGCUUCCUGCAAGGCGUGGAAUACAACAUCUACCCUGCAGGCAUUGCUUCGCCCAACCCGGCCCUAAACGCCGCUGUCCACAAGAAAGGCAAGGUGUUCAAGUAUGACGCGCAGUUCCUCCUCCAAUUCCAAAAUGUCUUCACUGAGCAGCCAUCUCUAGAGUUCCACCAGCAGGUCAAGUCUCUCAUUGGCGAUUCUGAUGGCUCUCGGUCUGCGACUGCACGAACUCCCGGCCCGGGAGCCGGACGACCUCGGGCUGGCGGUGCCCCAGGUGGUUUCCCUCAACCCAUGGGCACCUUCAAGACUCCUGCCCCUGCCAUCGGGGACCAGUUCCGCAACAUGCCGGGAGGCAACCUCGGCCGAUCCAACGUGCCGGCCUUUGGAGGCGGCCGUGCGGGUACCUUCCCUGGCCCAGGCCAGUUCACGGCUCGUACUCCUUCCUCGACAAACAGCGGUGGUAUGCCUGGAUCGCCCCGCACGCAAAGCAGGCGCGGCGGUGGCGGUAGCAAGAGGACUGAUUACAGCCACAAGGGAGAAGCUCAGGCUGCUAAGACCAUGCCGCUUACCCAAAACAUGGACCUCAAGCCAAUUGCCAUCACAUCCACAGGCUGGAAGCCAACCAGUGUUUUCAGCAAGGGCUCGCAGGCUUCCACGGCCGCAGCUGGCCCGAACGGCAAUCUCGAUCCCGAAAUGGUGCAGCGAAAGGUCAAAGCUGCUCUGAACAAGAUGACACCUGAGAAGUUUGACAAGAUUUCGGAUCAGAUCCUCGCUAUUGCUGGGCAGUCCAAGAACGAGGCAGACGGCCGCACGUUGCGGCAAGUCAUUCAGCUCACAUUUGAGAAGGCGACCGACGAGGCGCACUGGGCGUCCAUGUAUGCCAAGUUCUGCAAGCGGAUGCUUGAGAUGAUGAGCUCCGAGAUCCGCGAUGAGAACAUCCUCGACAAGCAGGGCAAUGUUGUCAGCGGCGGUGCUCUGUUCCGCAAGUAUCUCCUCAACCGAUGCCAAGAGGAGUUCGAACGUGGAUGGAAGGUCGACCUCCCGGAGGUUCAGGGAGGAGACGACAAGAAGGGCGGCGAGGCCGUCCUGCUGUCGGACGAGUACUACAUUGCUGCGGCUGCCAAGCGACGCGGCUUGGGUCUCGUUCAGUUCAUUGGUGAGCUCUACAAACUUGGUAUGCUUACGGAACGCAUCAUGCACGAGUGUGUGCGAAAGUUGCUCGAGUUCCAGGGCAUCCCCGAUGAGGCCGAGAUCGAGUCUUUGACCAAACUUCUACGGACAAUCGGCGGUAAUCUGGACAGCACCGACAAGGGCCGGCCGAUGAUGGAUGUGUACUUCCAACGUAUCGAAUCGAUCAUUGCGCUUCCAGACCUUCCUAGUCGCCUGAAGUUCAUGCUUAUGGACAUUGUUGAUCUCCGCCGGCAGCGUUGGAGCUCCAAGGAUACGAACAAGGGCCCCAAGACACUGGAGGAAGUUAGAGCUGAGGCCGAGGCGGCAAUUGCCCUAAAGGCGGCCGAGAGCGCGCGCAGCAGCCAACGGGGACCGCAAGGCGGACGCAUGCAAUCUGGCCGCGGAGACGCUCGGAACUUCUCGUACACGCAACCAGCCCCGAACCAGGUUGGUAUGGAUGACCUACGACGACUCAAGGGAAAUGUGAGCCGUUCGUCGAGCCAAAACGUUGGCUUCGGGCCCACGUCCAUGUUCAGCUCUCGUAGCAACAGCGGCCGGCGACUAGCUGGCCCCGGUGGUGCUUUUGGACGGGGCGGCGAGGACUCUGGUGCAUCCUCACGCACUGGAACCCCGCCGACGCGCGAUUCGGUUGCCCACACAAAUGCAUUUGGUCUUCUCGCCGAUACAGGAGAACACCCGACUUCACCUCCAUCAACCGCUGCGUCGCCGGCGUUGGCCAAGGUAGCGCCUGACUCGGCAAACAGCGACGCGAAGAAGGGGAACUAG